UCAUCGCAGCUUGGGGCGGAGCUGGUCCCGAUUGCUGCGUUUGCGGAGGAGGCCUUGCGACCCGUGUGUGCUCGCAGGGGUUUGUCGCGUCCGCAGUCUGGGCCUGAGAGAAUAUGGAUUCUCAAAAGGAUGUUCAGCCUCCAAAGCAACAGCCAAUGAUUUACAUUUGUGGAGAAUGUCACACAGAAAAUGAAAUAAAAGCAAGAGAUCCUAUCAGGUGUCGAGAAUGUGGGUACAGAAUAAUGUACAAGAAAAGAACAAAAAGAUUGGUUGUCUUUGAUGCCCGGUAAUGUGAAUUCAAGAUGUAGCUGUUUUGGCCUGGUUCAUUUUAGUAUACCGAUACGUUGUGUUUGUAUACACGUCUGUUGUGGAGAAAUAUAUAGUUUUUCAUUCUGAGAUCUGUUGUAAAUUAUUCAAGUAGCUAAAUAAAGUUUUUAAUAUCAA